AGUUCAGGGUGACCACUAGAGGGAAGGAAAACGCGGACUCCGAAGUCAUUUACGUGUAGUUUUGCGAAUUGUCGUAUUCCUUCUAAUAACUCACGGUUUUUAACUUAACGCCGCCCUGAAAGAAAGUUAUCUAAUGGUGGAGAAGCUGGGGAAGCUGCCAUGAUAAACGUCUGCUCGGUGACCUUCGCCUUUUUUCACCAAAACGGUCCAUGACGAGUUUUCCCGCAGGCCCCCCAUCUUUAUACCACAGCCAUAAAGAUUGUGUCAUCUCCCCACAGGAGGGGGGAGUCUGGAGAUGUGCUGCUGCCCUGCAAUGUGCUUGGGGACACGCUGGGGUGGAGCCCCACCCAGCGGCAAGGGAAGCCGAGGAGAUGGGGGCGGGUGUGUAGGGAGGGAAAAAGGUUUGAAGGGGUGGUUUCACAGGGAGCAGAGGCAUUUGAGUCUGGGCGCACAUGCCUCAGCUGUGAGAGGCCCUUCUCCCCUUGGCUGGCUGGCAUCCCAGAGCAGAGGCAUAGAGAGAGAGACAGACUGAGAGGGUAGAGUGUGAGAGACGGAGGGCGAAGAAGAAGAAGAAGAAAGUUAAAGUGUAGAGUAGACUAGGGAGAGGCAAACAAGUGGAAGAGAAAGGAAGAGAAAGGAAAGACCAUCAGGGACUGAGUUCUGUGCAGCGUGGCUCCUGCAGGUCGUUUUUCACUUGUGUAUUUUUAUCUGUAGUUGCAGUUUGUAUUUGGAGUUGACAGCCAUGGCGGACACAGGUGUCAAGAAGGAGCACGCAGCCCUGGCAGAAGUGCUUUAUGACGAUGAUGAUGAUGAGGAGGUGGCUCUGGUGGCCGCCGCCACCGAGCCGGCGGUGGAUGAUGAUGAUGAUGAUGACGACGACGACGACCACGCAGAGGACGUGGACCUGCUGCUGUCCACUGGAGACAAGAGCGAAGCCCAGAGGAACGGGGUCAUGGUUCUCUCUCUGCUCGACAAGAUCAUCGGCGUGGUCGACCAGAUCCAGCAGACCCAGCAUGGCCUGGAGGCGAGGCAGGAGGCCAUGGAGAAGUCCGUGUCGACCAUCCAUGGCGAGCUGGCCAAGCUGUCCAAGAACCACGUCGGCACGGCCAACACCGUCAACAAGAUGCUGGAGAAGGUGCGCAAAGUCAGCGUCAACGUCAAGACGGUGCGCAGCAGCCUGGAGAAGCAGGCGGGCCAGAUCAAGAAGCUGGAGAGCAACGAGAACGAGCUGCUCAAGAGGCGCAACUUCAAAGUCCUCAUCUACCAGGACAAAGUGAAGGCGCCAAAGGGCAAGACGGAGGAGACGGUCGCUGAGGGUAAUGCCGUGGAGGGCCUUCAGCAGAUACCUGAGGAGGGACAAGAGGGAAUCCCAGCCAAUCUCAAUUCAGACGAGGAGGUGGAGAUCGAGGAGAUCAUUGAAGAGUCACGUACCAAGCGCCUCCAACGCACCACCAAGCAGCAAGUGGACAACAUAAAGAAAGCCUUCUCCAAAGAGAAAAUGGAGAAGACCAAACUAAAGACCAAGGAGAACUUGGAGAAGACCAGGCAGAGGACCCGCGAGAACCUGGAGAAGACGAGACAGAAGACCCGCGACAAUCUGGAGAAAACCAAGCACAACCUGGGGCAGAAGAUCGGCAAACUCGGGACCCGCAUGACGCCCAACUUGGAGCGCAGGGCGAAGGUGAAGAGCUCCAAAGAUAAGGUGAAGAAGUCCCUGACCCCUGACCACACGGUCUAUGCACGAUCCAAGACCACCGUGUACCGCGUGCCCCCAUUCACCUUCCACGUCAAGAAGAUCCGAGAAGGGGAGGAGGAGGUGGUGCACACCACGGAGAUGGUGGAUGUGACCGAGGCCGAGGACCAGCCGGGGGGCGAGGAGAACGGGCUCGGUGUACACGUGGAGGUGGAGGAAGGGGAGCUGGUGAGCGUGGACACCCCGGAGAUGGAGGCUCUGUUGGAGGUGAUUGAGGAUUCUCAACUGGUCAGGGUGGAGCCGGAGCACCUCAAGGAGGCACAGCGCGAAUAGAGCGACCCGCUGCUGCAGGAAGGGCAAAAAGGACGGAGAAGGGGAAUAAAGUGUUGAUGAAUGAGUCUAAUCACACAUGGACACAAUAAAAGCCGUAGGGACUUCCUAGAAGUGAUCACAGUCUAUUACAUGUCAUUUGUUUUCUGUUAUCUUUUUAUUGUACCCAAUGGAUGACUUUCAUAUCUGCUCCUCUUUAGCGUAAAAAUGAGAAAAACGACUCUAGCUUUUGACUGGUUAACUUAGACUUGUGUUUUAAGAAUAUUUGCCGUUUGUUGUUGGUUUGAUAAAUCGAAGAGCUAAUAUGAAGAGAAAAAAGGUAUAAAUAGUCUUUGCUAUUGAAGUGUAAUGUAUAUUAUAAUAUUUACUAUGUAUGAUAUGCACAUUCAUAGGAAGGGUAACAGUAAGUUGUUGGCAAGGCCACGACAUUAUAACUGGUAACUGGUUUUGAUGUUGUGGCUGAUCUGUGUAUUUUAAACUCAAGUCGAGCCUGGAAGCCAAUGGAAAUGAAGUGGAAACUACAAAAAAAUAUUUUUAAAUCACACUACCGAUGGCUCAGAAUUAAUUCUUUCAAAACAGGAUGUACACCAGAUAGGGUUUCAAUAUUGUGGCUGAUCAGUGUAAUCUCAUGUGGUUGAUAGAAGUGAUGUGCAAAUGUGAAACAAAAAUAACUAACACAAAGGCAAGGAUUGGGACUAAGAAAUAAUGAACUGAGGAGUCAGGAGGAUUUUACAAAAACAUUACCCACAAUAAUGCACAAUGUGCCUUAGGGCAAAAUAAUUAUCCAGGCCUUGAUACCAAAUGUUUUAUUUCUCUGCUCUUUGUAAUUUAAAUUACAAAUGUGAAGUACUGAAAAUGGAAGUUUGAUGUCUGUUGCAUUAUACCGCGAAUAUACUGGAAAACUGACAAAAAUGUAUCAGAAUAUUGAAACACUCAAUGGUUGAAGCUCAGAAACUGUUCUGAACUUGUGAUCAUAAGACCUCAAGUUUAACAUAAAAAUAGAAAAAUUGAUUUAAGCGCUCUUGCUUCUCCAUCUGGAUUCCUUAGUUGGCCGCUUAUUUCAUCUGAACUUCAACGAAAUACAAAAAGUUGAUAUAAAUGACAUUUAGAAUGUAUUAACCUUUGCUGUUAUUUACCUGUACGAUGCACACUUGAAAACAUGUCAUCAUUUACUGUAACGCAUUCAUUCACCAUUGUCACAAAUUGUAAGUUUCACAUACCACACACUGCUGCACGAAAGAAAAGAAGAGGAAGAAAAAAAAACUGUUGGGUCACCAUGGAUACAGCUCAUUAUUGUACAUUAGUGCCAGCCAUAUUCAAUUUUUCCCAAGGUAAUUGCAGGCAGGAGAAUUAUGGUUCCAAAGCGGCGAGAUGACAGUUUAAUGACUGACUGCAUAACACGUGGAGAUGGAAAUGUCAUUUUAAACGCCGCUGGAGGCAGACGGCACGCUGCCAGGUAUUAUGAAUGGCACGGUGCUUUGACAAAUGUCAGACCACCGCAAAAACAGCACAGCACAGCCUUGUCCGCUAAACGUUUUCACAGAGACCAGGUGCAAGCUUGUGUGCUUCCUCUGAAUUAUUAAAGGAAUGUCCCCUAUGGUCAGGAGAAAAAAAAUACAACUGUGACAGAAAAACUGAAAAAAAAACAUGAUUCACCAAAUGAUUUUACUGUAGAGAGCUAUGUUAAUUGGAUUUGUGAUUAUUCUGAACCUGAUGCAAACAGACUAUUGGCAGUGCUCAAUCAUUCAUUGCGACUUUUGAUGAUGUAAGGCAAGAUUGGAAACGAGGUGAAGGUCCAUGGAUCCUCCAUUUUCCUGUCCACAGACUGUGUAUGUGACCUUGAUGUGGUGUAGGCACACGGAAGCCCAUAACAGCAUUAGAAGAAUCAAUAGGCUGGGGGAUGCAAUUAAGGAGAGUGCUCCUGAGCAGGGUAGAGAACUAUGAGAAGGACAAAGAGAGAGAGAUGUUUGUGUUUGUGAUUGUGAAGAGUAUGUGCUCACCAUAUACCCAUAUUUUUGUGAGACUUUCAAGUUUGUCAGCAUCGAGUGAGAAAUUCCACAAUUAAAUCACAUAGGCAUAUAGUUAUUAUGGUAUAUUUUUAUUGUGUCUCUACUUUGUGUCGCACAUAAAAAUACUUGUAAGAUAUUGGUGCCUUUGAAAAAUGAUGUUUAUGCCAUCAUGUACAUUUUUAUAAGCUGUUGGUUAUUUAAAAAAAAUAAACUAAUGUUGCAAGUGUUAUGUAGGUCAUGCACAGCUAAUAUAGAAACAAUGUAAUUUGAAAGAAAAGUAAAAAAAGAUUAUUAGUCACAGAAAACAAUUUUAUGCAUAAUAACCAUAGGUGAGUAAUUCAUACUCUGAUAAUGAAGCUUGCCUUUCCUGUUGUGUUUUAAGGCCUCGUUUUGCCUAGUCACUUCUUUGAAAAAAAAUAAAAGCUCACUGAAUAAUA